AAACGUGUCCAGCAGGAUGGAGGAUGUUCAGUUCUUCCUGUUAUCUCCUCUCUGCUGAGUCUGGUUCCUGGGAGAAAGGCAGACAAGACUGCAGAGAGAGAGGAGCAGAUCUGGUGGUGAUAGAAAGCUCUGAAGAGCAGAUGUUAAUCUCUGGGAUCACAAACAGAGAUACUUGGAUUGGUUUGACUGACAGAGAUGAGGAGGGGACCUGGAAAUGGGUAGAUGGAACUCCACUGACUCUGAAGUACUGGACAGGGCAGCCUGAUAAUGGUGGUGGAGAUCCACAGUGGGGUGAAGAGGAUUGUGUACACGUUGUGGCUGGCAGGAACACUGGAGCAAACUGGAAUGAUCUGUGGUGUGAUGACUCUCUGCAAUGGAUCUGUGAAAAAAUGGCUUAGCAUUUAAAACAUUUGUAAAUACUUUUAAAUGUAACCUACGAUUAUGCAAAUUACAUUUUAAUAGCGUUAUUGCAUGUGUGAUAAAUGGAGAGAGAGAAAGAGAGAGCGAGCGUCUACAUCAACAUGUAAAGGUUUGGUGGUCAAGAAUCGAGAUCGCUAUGAUUUAUAAAAUAGAUUCUUGCUGGGAAACUUUAUUGUGGGACUCUGGAAUUGUUAGCAUAUUGGCCUAUCUGUAUACAAGUGUAUGUAUACAUUUGUACGGAGCCCCCCUGGGGUCAGCUGAGACAA